AUGCUUACAAUUCGCGACUGGCCCAAUAAUUUUGUGAUGAUUGUUCGCGUUCAUACUAAUAGUUACCAGUUGGCGUUUUUCAAAAUGGGAAAAAGUACCAAUCCUGCGGUACCAAAAUGGAAAGAAACCAAAAGCAUUAGCAAAGUAUUACAAACUGUUGGAAUUAAGACCAAGAGAAAAGUAGCCUAUCAAACGGGUCAAUAUGCAGUAGUCCCAGCGACAUUCUGGAAUCUCAAAGAUGAAGCAUUAUUUCUGACUGCAACCUUUCAACAUUACCCCGAAACUAAUGAAAUGAAACUGGACAUUUCAUUCGACAUUAAUGAUGACUGUAUCCCGCAAUUAAGAAUGAAAAAAUGCGCGAAUCCGGAAGAUCCCGCUAAGGUUGACAUCGCAGAUGUUUUUUUUGUAUCGGCUAUAAUUGUUGAAGACUGUGAACAGGAUCAUGAGCUGUUCACAUGGAAAGUUUUAGACCCUAUAGGGUUAGAAGAGUUUACUAAGUGUGAGACUGAGAAGCAGGAAUGGGCCGUACCAAAAUAUGUUUUGGGGUUUCACCAAGACCUUGACUUAUGGAGAAAUUUGUACACCGUGCGAUUGGAAGCUAAACUUGGUUCAUGGGUCGUCCAUUGCCAUUGCUAUAUCAAUGUUAUAAUGGCCGCUGUUGACGCUAAUAUUGGAGGUGGCGAAUAUCGAACGAUCGACCGCACAAAACCAUUCAAAUUGAAUGGAACAACGAGUCGGGAUUUCUCCAAGCCGCCUAAUGUCGAACAGUUUAAGGCGUAUAAUUGGAAAUGCAUAUCAUGGGAUGAUUACAGUAAUAGGGAGUGCAGAAAAACAUUUCCUGAGACGGCCGUAAUCUCAAUACCGGCCUACGCAUUUAGAGUGGGAUAUCAUUAUAAUUUCAAGCUUCGUGUUGCAGCUGAUGACGAUCCAGAACGUGCCGACAUCGCUGGGCAGGUUAUUACUGUUUCAAAUGAGCAAAAGCUUGACGUGGAAAUCAUUUGUGUAAGCAAUUGUGAGAAUGAACUAUAUAAUGCAGAUGAAAAGGUUUAUCUUCGCGCUUAUUGCGCGAAUUGUGGAGGAGGUCGCAUUGGUUACGAAUGGACUGUAGGAGAAAUGGUCGCUCUGGAGCAGAAAGAACUGCGAAUGAAGAUAGGCACGAACUCGCUGGUACGAAUCGAGUUACUGGUGCGCGCAUCAGAUGGCCGCACUGGUGUUGAGAUUAAAUUUUUGACCAGGAAUGACGGCCCUAGCCAAGGUCGGUGCACUGUGGCACCCACUGUGGGCGAUGAAUACGCCACACCCUUCAUAGUAUGCUGCACUGGCUGGGUGGACAGAAACAUCCCUAUUGAUUACUUCUACUAUGCAAAUAAUGUGUUGAUUCAAAGCUGCUACGAUUGUUCUUGUGAAUCCCAUUUACCGCCAAUUUCAAAAAUCAAAGUGCUUAUUUGUGACAGCUUUUUUGCCUGCACGGAGCGGUCGCUAGAUGUGACAGUGCGCCCAGCAGAAAAUAUACCGACUGAGCCAAGUGAAAUUUAUAAAUUUCUCACUACGGAGCCUCACGAUGUGAAGAACCUGUUCCGUUUAGGCAAGCACGAAGAGGGGCUUGCAAUUUUAUCUGCAGUGGCCGGCCGUGUGUACACAAAUGAUGCCGCCAUUGAGGUAAUGCGAAUGUUUGAGGACUUUAAGUCGGGAACAGUUCUUACGUUGGGCCUACUAGAAAAUAUGACAAUGGCUUUAGCUAUCAACCUGUCGCCCAUCGAUGAUGAAGAAGCACAGGUGCUCACGGCAGCAAUUUUGUCACCGGAUUUUACGGGCGAGCAAACAAAAAUUGUGGUUUAUCACCCUACGAUAAAUUGCUUCCUCAAUCCAAGAUUUCGGGAGUGCUCAGAUCCAACGAGGCCGCUUAUUGCGUCCGUGGCUCAGUUUUAUGAACUUGAGGCAAGCAUGGACUACUGUCCCAAUACUAAAAUUUCUUUUCGUUGGUUCGCAUUUGAUAUUCUCGGAAAAAAAAAACUGAAAGAAUGGGAAGUGUCCAGGGUGCCAUUACUUCGAAUAGAACGCUUUGCACUCAAUAUUAAACCAUCGAAUGUGCAUAAAUUCGAUAAGUAUUCGAUAAUGAUACGUGUGGCCGCAGAUAGAGAAGCAGGACACUGCUAUAUAGACUUGGUCCAAGGGGAUGUGAGCGCAGUUAUUGUAGGAGGUAAUGAGCGGGACGUGAAUCGUUACGAAGUCAUAUAUGUCAAUGGCUCCUUAAGCCGAGAAUUGGCUGAAGGCGAAGACUCCAGCAACUUGGACUUCCUUUGGAGUUGUUAUAGUAGUUGCGAUCAAAGUAAUUGGUACUGUAAAAAAAAUAUGAGUCAUGCAAACAUAAUACGUAUUCCAAGGUAUACGCUGAAGAUGGGCUGCAGUUACAAGUACACCUUGGAAGUCUCUAUUGAUAGUAAGAACGCAAGCGCUACUCAGACGCUAAAUGUGGUUAGAUACAGAACAGUGGACUUUUAUAUACAGUGUUUGCAAAACUGUGCCGGCGAUGUUUACCAUCCAAAUGAAAAGGUUGAUCUAUUGGCAGUUUGCCUAGAUUGUGGAGAUGCUAAAAUUGACUAUCAAUGGUCCGUUGAUAACGAGAUAAUGAUUGAGGACGAACGCCUCUAUGUAUUUCUACGAACACCUUUCGAAAAUGUUAUUAUUGAAGUAUCAGGACUGACCCAUGAUUAUCGCACUAAUACGAGAAAACUAGUCCUUAAAAAAAAUUUUGGACCCGUAGGCCCUGGCUGUAGCAUCGAGCCCGAAACAGGUCAAGAGUUUGAUACUAUGUUUAAUGUGCAAUGCCUGAAUUUCAAGACUAACUACAACCCUAAAAGAUUCUUCAUUAUCGCGGCCAAGGUCAUACAGGAGGUAUUCUACUCGGAAAGUAUGAAGCUGUUGUUGCCGGUGGCUAAAUCGAUAACAGUACGAGUUUGUGACUACUACAAGGCGUGUAAUGAUGUAUCAGUCGAGGUCAACGUAAAGGAGCAGUACAUACCAACUGGUUCCACGACAAAUCAGACGCUGGAAGACUUUCUGUCUUCCGGCUUAACAGAUGUGGCCGUUCUGUUUAAAAGAGGAUAUCGCAACAAAGCCUACAUAAUACUUAAUUCAGCCGCAAGGCGCAUUAAGAGCGUUAAAGAGGCAGCUACUAUCUUGCGCUUUUUUAAUAAUUAUCAGCCGCGCUCUGUCUUGGAACUCGGGAAAUUGGCCAAUGUAACCAAGUCACUGGCCAUCUCUUUGAAUCCCAUCAGUGAUGACGGUGUCCGUGUGCUGACAAAAGCCGUGGAGUCCAUAAAUCAUAUAUUUGCAGAAAUUACAGAAAAUGGCGAGAUAGACAAUUUACGUGAAUAUCCAUUUCGCAAUGCUACGGUCAGAUGCAUUCUUAUUCAACGUAUGUUCCAAAAUCUUACGGACAAGUUACCUCCGCCACCUCAGUUCAUCGUUGAUAUGGUCAAGCCGCAUGCGAAGCUUACACCGGAACAUAUAGCCAAGGUACGCAAGGAGAUAGAACAAAUACCAGAAAAGGAUGUGAGACUUAGCACUGAAAUGUGGUUGAAUGCCACAUACAAUGCGAAUAGACUGUAUAACUAUCUGUUCUUCACUAAUGAGAUGGGUCUAGGACUUGACGAUGAUGAUGGUCAGACCAUUUCGAUAGGCGUUGCCAUGGACGUGGAAUGUGUUGAAACAUAUAAAGAGUAUAUUCUCAAAUCAUUCGAUCACAUCAAUGCGGUGACUUUUUCAGUGGGGCUUUUGGAAGAGUUGUCAGAUAAAUUGAAUAGUGAUCAUUUCGUUUGCUUCCGUAUGGUAUCUAUAGUACGUAACCUGAACUGGUGGUACCCGGAUGAGCGGCAACCAAGUGAGCGUUUGCUGAAGGUGCGCGCUUUUACCAAUUCCUCGGAACUAAUUGGAACACACAAGCUGAAUAACAAACUUGAGUAUCUUACACUUAUUGGUAAAUACAAGCCGAUUGAACGUCCUCCAGAUAUACUUUCAAGGAAUAGCCGCCCUACAUUGGUUUACCAUAAAUCCAAUGAAUUCAUUAUUAGUGAAUCAGAAUUGGAAUUCAAUAGAUCCAAGACUCCUGUAUCAUCAAUUGCCAUGCCAAACCGCCGUAAGCCUGCCCGUCCACAUCUAGGACCCUCAUUUCGUAUUGUCGAUGAACACUCGGCUGACCGAGUCUCUACGGAAGGUGUCUUCGAAAAUAUGGUUCUACGCGACCAGCUCACUUCAGUUAGGGAAUAUAAGAUCUAUCGCGUGAACAUUGAGGCCCAAGGGCUGUUGGCCGUGCGCUUCGUGAAUACAACUCACGAUGUGGUGGUAAAGUUGCAGACCGUGAAUCAACCUUUCCGUGACGAAAUUAAAACAUCAUCGUGCAUUGUCUACGCCAAUGAAACGGAUCGCAUUAUGCUACUUCGUAACCCAUGCCCCAAAGCAGUUAAAGCCUAUAUGGGCUUGGCUUUAGCCACCAACGAUAGUCAUGAUUUGGUGAACGGUUCGGCUGAGAUAUAUUUCCUUUUUCAGCUCCGCGACUGCGACUAUUGGAUGUACAAUGAUCCAGUUGAUCCGCAUUGGUCCCAGUAUGGCUGCCUGCCAGCCAUGGAACUUGAUAUUCAUACUGGAAUAAUUUGCAUAUGCGAAUACCUAAGCACAUAUACAGCCUAUGUGUACAAUGUACCCAUUAUACCAGUGCCCAUAAAUCAUUCGACGGAUUUUCUAAACAGGAAUAUUUACAUUGCGAUCUUCAGUUGUUUCUGGUUGUCAUUAAUAUUACUUAUAUUGUUUGUGUGGUGCUGUAGCAAAAGGCUUAUUGCGCUAGAAUGCUCAAGGCCGGAUGAUGAGGUGGAACAACAACUUUUUGAAGGCAACGAGGAACAUAUGUUUCUUAUUCAUCUAAAAACGGGAGGAGGUGAAAAUAGCGGUACCACGGCCAAUGUUCAGAUACGAUUUGUGCAGCCAACGCAUGAACAGGUUUGCUACACCAUAUCCCAGGAUCCUACGCGACCCAAGCUUCGCACAAAUACCACCCAUACAUUGAUUUUAAGAUCGCGCAUCAUACGUUUACCCACUCAGCUGCAAAUUAAUCAUGACGGUGGUGGACGUUACUCCUCCUGGUACCUUAGCAGUGUGGUUGUACAGGACGUAACGACCCAGACAACGCAGUCAUUCCAAAUCCAUUUGUGGUUGCGGACGCACAACACAGUUGUAUCACGUGGCAAAAUAAUUGACAAACAAGACAGAUUCGUGGGAAGAUGGUGCUAUCGUUUCAAGCGCAGCAUGGAGCGCAAUUGCACCAAUUGGUUCGGAGUUCAACCAGUUAUAGGCAGCUGGCGUUGGCAUCUCGGCAACCGCUGUUUCUCGCGCUUUGAGCGCGUCUGCAUCUUUGUUAACAAGCUUGGCGUAACAGUUUGCAUCAUUGUCCUCUAUUUUGGCAAAGAUAGCGAACAUAACCGGGAGAUGUUAUUUCGAAAGACACGUGGAAAGAUGUUGCUGCCUAUUAUUGAGAUAAUCUACCUAUCCUGUGUGUGCUACCUUGCCAGUUGUAUAGUUCAAUUUUUCUAUGAAAUUUUGCUUGUCAAAAUUGCAAGACUGUAAACCGGGUUAACAAAUUCUGUAUUUCUGUUUCAAUAAAAGAUACUCUUACCGUAUAA